AUGAAGCUUCUAUCAUUGACUGCCAUAAGCGUGCUGAUCCUUUCAGCAAGUGCUGCCCCGGCCCAAUCCAAGACCACCAAAGCAAAAGUUGCCAUUCUUGGUGGUGGUGUUGCCGGAAUUAGCGCCGCAAAAAACUUGGUAGCCAAUGGAAUCACAGACUUUGUGAUUGUUGAGGCUAGAGAUGAACUUGGUGGAAGAGCUCACGAUAUUGAAUUUGCGGGUAUUCGUGUUGAAAAGGGUUGUAACUGGGUACAAGGUCUCGGUACCAACCCUGUCAACCAGCUUUCCAAGAAAUGGGGAUUGCAGGUCGCUGUCAAUGAUGGAACAGACGUAGUCUUCUACGACAACCAUGGAAAAGUGAAUGGAACCAAAACAUACAACGAUUUUAACGAUGCAUUGGAUAAAACCUAUGAUUUUGCCCUCAAGCGUGUGGAUGAAGCUGAUAUCUCUUCUCGUGCCUGUUUGAAUAUCGUGGGCUGGAACCCUGACACUCCUCUCAAGCAAGCAGCUGAAUACUACGCUUUCGACUGGGAAUUUGCAGAGAACCCUGAUGUUACCUCUUGCAACUAUGCUCAAGUUGGAGAUGCUUCCUAUGACGGUAGUUUCGGACCCAAUUCUGAUGACGAUCAGUUUGUGAUUGAUCAAAGAGGGUUCAAAUACAUUUUUAUUCAGGAAGCUAACCAGUUCUUGAAAAAACACGAUCCUCGCUUGAUCUUGAACACUACUGUGAAGAACAUCAAAUAUAGUGACAACGGAGUCACUAUCACUGCAAAGGAUGGCCAUAAAAUUGAGGCUGACUAUGCCAUUUCUACUUUCUCACUUGGUGUUCUUCAACACAAUGACGUUACAUGGUCACCCAAGCUUCCUGAAUGGAAGCGUGUUGGUUUAUUUGGUUUCCAUAUGGCCACCUAUCUGAAGCUAUUCCUUGCAUGGGAAGAUCAAUUCUGGGAUAACAACCAAUACACCGUCUAUGCUGACCCCGCCAACCGAGGUUACUACAAGCAAGUUACUUGGCAAAACUUCAACGCUUUCACUCCCAAGAAUGACACCACAAACAUCUUCUUCGUCACCGUCACCCAAGACCAAGCAUACCGUUUGGAAGCAAUGAGUGACAAUGACAUCAAGAAGGAAGUUACAGAGGUUGUCCGCAGCAUGUAUGGAAGCCAUAUUAAAGAGCCCACUCACAUGUAUGUUCCGCGCUGGCACUCGGAUCCAUUGUAUCGUGGAACUUAUAGUAACUGGCCCAUUGGCGAACUGGAAGAGCACCAUCUCAACAUGAAAGCCCCUGUAGGUCGCGUCUGGUUCACUGGUGAAGCCAUGUCUCGCGAAUACUAUGGUUACCUGCAGGGUGCCUGGAUUGAUGGUGGUGAGGUUGGAACAAAGGUUGCAAAGUGCAUCAAAAACAAAUGUCCAAAGCAGCCAUAUUACCCAGAGAUUUUGUUGACGGAUGAAAAGCCCAAAUUCGUCAAACGUCAAGAGUGGAUUUAAUUUAAACUAGUACGAUGUUUCGUCAAUUGAAAUGAAUGAAUGUUAGUGUGGCAAAUCUAAUAAAGAAGUGUGUUAGAGU